GUAAGUGGGCUGAACAUAUUUUAAAGUUGGGAUCGAGGCAAAAUUGCCUUUGGGCCGAAACAAGAAACAAAACUACGUUCUUUUUACGCAUUACGAUUAUCGACGCCGCUGCCGCCAUUCGUCGCCGUCACCUCUGUUCCAUUCAAUUCAAUCUUCUAUAAACCCAUAAAAAGGGAUGGAAUUCUGCCCAACAUGUGGGAUGUUGUUGAAGUAUGAAUUGCCACACAUGUCUCGUCCUGCCCGAUUUUUCUGCCCCACGUGUCCGUAUGUUAGCCAGAUCGAACCCAAGGUCAAGAUCAAAAGAAAGCAGCGGUUGGUUAAAAAAGCUGUAGAUCCGAUUAUCACGAAAGAUGACAUGAGUAAUGCACCAAAAACAGAUCAAGCACAUUGUCCAAAUUGUGGUCACAACAAGGCUGCAUAUAUCCAGUUUCAAACAAGGUCAGCUGAUGAACCCAUGACAAUAAACUUCACGUGUGAGAAAUGUAGCCAUUGUUGGCGCGAGGACUAAGUUUCAUCUCCUUUCAUGCAAUUUCAACAUCGGAUGGUUACUUUGAAUUCUUGUUUUUUUUUUUUAAUAUGGACCAUCAGUGCUGAUAUAAAUAUGGCUCAACAACUCAAUUUUAUUUAUGAAUUUUGUCAAGUUUUACUUGAUUUAACUGUAUUUCAAUCGUAAAAA